AUGUCCACAGUCGUACAUGCAUCCCCUCCCACUACUGCCGAUGAUAUCAACGUUCAACAUCUGGUAGACAAAGAUGAUCUUCGCAACACGUUUGCCCUGGCCAUGUCGGCAAUGUACAAGGCAGAGGUUCCUCUCUAUGGUGACUUGGUCAGAAUAGUCAAGGACGUCAAUCAAGCUUGCAAGGCAGAAACACCCUUGGAGGAGAGACUUGACCUAGAAAGACACGGAGCCAUCCGUCUGGGGACACCAUACGAACUCCGAACGAUCCGUAGAAUCUUCGCCUUGAUCGGCCUGCAUCCUGUCGACUAUUACGACUUGUCCGUGGCGGGAUUGCCAAUGCACGCAACGGCAUUCCGUCCAGUGGACCCGGAAGCAUUAAGCAAAAACCCAUUCCGCGUCUUCACCACGCUUCUUCGACCCGAAUUGCUGAGGCCAGAACCACGAGAACUGGCAUUGAGCCUUCUCAUUCGCCGUAACAUUUUCAGCGACGAGCUCACAAAGUUGAUUGGAGUCGGAGAAGACCAAGGUGGCUUCUAUCCUCAUCAAGCAGAGAAUUUCAUCCUCGAAGCCAUGAAAACCUUCAAAUGGCACUCGGUAGCAGCGGCGACAUUGGAUGAUUACCAAAAACUGGGAGCUGAGCAUCCCAUUCUGGCAGACAUCACUUGCUUCAACAGUGCACACAUCAACCAUUUGACACCACGCACACUCGACAUCGACAGGGCCGAGACACAGAUGAAGGCAGAAGGACUGGCUAUCAAAUCAAGGAUAGAAGGCCCACCUGCUCGGAAAUCUCCAAUCCUGCUGCGACAGACGAGCUUCCUUGCCCUGCGUGAGCAGACCAGUUUCCACGUCAGGGGAUCAACCAAUCUCGAGCCAGGAUCUCACAAGGCGCGAUUUGGGGAGAUCGAGGAACGUGGAGCUGCCUUGACAACGAAAGGCCGGAAAUUGUACAACAGUCUGUUGACCGAAGCACUCGAAGCAUUGACGUCGGCCGAGACUGAUGCGGAAGACUCAUUCAAUCAAAUUUUUGACAGAUUCCCAGAUCACUGGGAGACCAUGUUGAGACGAGGUCUAGUCUUCUUCGAAUGUCGCUGUACUUCUAAGGCCCGUGAAGGGGCUUUCUCAGGUUCAAGCUCAAGGGUCCCAUUGUCAAAGCUGGUCGAAGGAGGCAUUGUCCGGACGGUGCCAAUAACAUAUGAAGAUUUUCUGCCUUUCUCCGCUGCAGGAAUCUUCCGCUCCAAUCUUUAUAGUUCGUCCGAGGAGAAUAGUUGCGGCUUUGAGCCAUUCGAAGAUCGGCAGGGACUUGAGGCUGCGCUUGGUUGUCAGAUCGCUGACUCACAAUACAUCUAUGCGGAACUGCAGCGACAAAGUUUGGAGAAAUGUGCGAGUACUCUUGGUCUGCAAGAAAUAGUUCUGGAUAAUGAGGUCUGA